ACAUUUUGACAGUAACGCUUAAGAUCCAUUUUGGUCAUCAACUCUUGCUAGACUUUUUUAUUUCGUUAUAUAAUUUGUCCUACAAGUGAAGAGUUGGAAACACACACACAAACACACAAAAAAAUGGCUGGUUUGGGAUUAUGGAUGGCUUUCAUCAGUGUUUGUUUUGUGUCUGUAUCAGCUCUGCUGCAACGCCUAGAGCACCCUGUCAAAACUGAUGGCUCACUUAGCCUUGUGGUCAUUGGAGACUGGGGGAGGAAAGGAACGUACAACCAAUCUGAAGUUUCUGCUCAGAUGGGAAGAGUAGCUGCAAAGUUAAAUAUCGACUUUGUGAUAUCCACUGGAGACAAUUUCUAUGAUGAUGGAUUGACUGGUAUAGACGACCCAGCAUUUGAAAACUCCUUCUCUAAAAUCUACAAUGCCAAGAGCCUCCAAAAGCAGUGGUAUAAUGUCUUGGGCAACCAUGACUACAGGGGAGAUGUUGAAGCUCAAUUAAAUCCAAUCCUUCAGAAUAUUGAUCCUAGAUGGAUCUGCCAAAAAUCAUUUAUUGUUGAUACCGAAAUUGCUGAGUUCUUCUUCGUUGAUACAACACCAUUUGUGGACAAGUAUUUUCUUAAGCCAAAGGAGCACAAGUAUGAUUGGAGAGGAGUGCUUCCAAGAGAGAAAUAUCUAUCAAAGCUCUUAAUGGAUCUGGAAAUAGCAUUAAAGGAUUCUACUGCCGACUGGAAGAUUGUUGUGGGGCAUCAUCCUGUAAGAAGCAUAGGGCACCAUGGUGACACUCAAGAGCUCAUAAGGCAGCUUCUGCCAAUCCUUGAGGCAAACGACGUGGAUAUGUACAUUAAUGGGCAUGACCAUUGCUUGGAACAUAUAAGUAGCACAAGCAGCCAAAUUCAGUUCUUAACCAGUGGAGGAGGUUCAAAAGCAUGGAAAGGAGACAUCGAUAAAGAGAGAAGAGAUGGGAUGGAGUUUUACUAUGAUGGACAAGGAUUUAUGUCCCUGGAGCUUCAACAAACCAAUGCCAAAGUUGUUUAUUAUGAUAUUUUUGGCCAAGUUUUGCAUACUGUGAAUUUGUUCAAGGGGUUACGUUCUGCCUCUGCCAUAUAGAAGAGUCGCUGUGAAAGUCCUACCUACUGGCCUAAACAAGAUUAGUGGACAUGGUUUUAAGUUUGACACUAAUUACAAUUACCUAAUGCCUUGUAAACUCCUUUGCCCCAUCUAUUCAUGAAGAAAAAAGAUUUGAGGACACCAUAUUAGUUAACAACCGGAGAGAGGUAUAAAGAAAAUUAACAAUGAGUCCCAAUUAUUUAA